AGAGAGAGAGAGAGAGAGAGAGAGAGAGAGAGAGAGAGAGAGAGAGAGAGAGAGAGAGAGAGAGACGCAGGCCGACUCUUCCACGGGCGUCAGAUGUGAGGUGUCCGGCCACCUGGAUGACAUUACAGCCGCAUAUGACGAGCCAGCACACACCCGCCUCGGCACCUCCAGGGGACAGGGAGCAGACGGACCUACGCACGAGUGACUUUCCUGGACUCGGACACGGACUUUCUGACACCGGUUUUCCAGGACGGGGCCACAGGGGACAGAGAGUGGGGGAUGGCGUUGAGUAUCGUCCUACGGAGGCUGGUGUACCAGAGUCGACGGAGGAGCUCCAUGCCCGCUUGGAUCGAGAGGAGGAGCAGCGGUUGGAGGUGUUGCGGAGAGAGUGGGCGGGUAGAGCCGUGUACAUGGCGGAGCAGCGGCGUGCUCGGGAUUUGGAGACCGGUGCUGCAGUACCUGAUCCGGGUGGGGUGGAGCAUCGCGAUCCAUUUGCACCUGACCUUGCACAGACUGAGGGGCACGGUGAUCCGACCGUGCCAGAGCAUGGAGAUCCUGCCUUGUCCGACGUCGUACUUGGAUUUCGUGCGGCAGACACGUUGGGGCCUGAUGAUGUACGGACUGAGGAGGCAGUUCGUAUGGAGGGUGAUUCUGACGAGCAUGGGGACAGAGGGCGUGGACCCGGUGUGGAAGCCGAUGAUGGGGCGGAUACUGCGGGGCGACUUUCACCGCCGCCUAGUGCCGGUCCAGGUCGAUUGUCACACGGCCCCAUUGGGGGUGACGACAUGGACCUGCAGACUGAUGAUCCGGAAGAGUGGCGCACGACGCUCCGUCAGAGCAUGUCGAGAGAGGAGACCGUGCCGAUGAGGAGGAGGGCGGUACCACCUGACCUUCAGGACCACGCCAGAGCAGAUAUGGAGGAGGGGGAGAUUACACCUGGGCCACUCGACCCUGAUGCGUUGCACCGUGCAGGAGUGGAGGAUCCGAUUAGCAGGGGAGCUGCAGGAUCUCUUGGGGUCGGGGUUCGAUCGCCUCCGUUGUACCCACCUGUGACCCCUCGGUAUUCUGGCUCUCCGGCGAGCUUGAAGCAUGAGCAGCAUGGUUCGGAGUCUUCCAUGGCAGCGGCUCGGGGUGCACACAGGGCUCGCAUCACUUCACUCACACCUCCUCCACCAACCGUGCCCCACAGCACUCCGACACCAGUUACGGGUAGAGCUGUCGGGAGAGGCCAUGUGCCGACGUCGUCGUCACCUCGCCUCGACACACAGCAGUCAUUUCACCGUUCGUGGAGCACAGUGCGACGAGUUGACGAGAGAGUGAGGAGUGAUUUCGCGGCGCACCAGGCGCGGUUGAGGGAGGACUCGGAGGAGCACAGGCAGGCACCGAGUUUGACGAAUGCUUAUCGCAUUCUCGAUCCGCUUGGACACGGCACUCGCAGGGGCAUGCUUUUAGGUUCACUCAGGGCUGCGCCUGCGUUUUACACUUUUGGAGAGGAUGGAGUGUCGGCGCCUCAUGGAGAGCGACAUCACAGCAGCAUGAACGAGUUGGAGGCUCGUAUUGCUAGGGAGGAGGCGAGAUUGAGGGAGUCGCAUGAGGAGCUUGACAGGGAGCGCAGGAGGAUGGCGGCGGCGCGCACUUCGGAUGCUGAUACGGAGGAGGAGCCCAUCGAGGUUGCUAGGCGCAUGGAGAGAGAGAGAGAGAGAUUGGUCGCAGCACAGGCACGCAUGUCACCACCGACACGUGGACGAAGCGGCAGAGGCGGCGGAGGCGACGGAGGCGGCAGAGAUGGCAGAGGCGGCAGAGGCAGCAGAGGCGGGGGGCGGUAGAUAUAUGUACUGUGGUUUUGAUUUGGAUAUUUCUUAUUUUUUCGGAGGGAGCUUCGUAUUCGUUUUCUUAAACGCGAUU